AUGCAUGAGACUUUUAUGGACAUGGCAUUUCAAGAAGCUAUCAAGGCAUUUGACUUGCAGGAAGUUCCUGUUGGAUGUGUGGUUGUCAAAAACAACAAGAUCGUAUCUUCUUCGCAUAACAUGACCAAUGCUAACAGAUCACCUCUUGAUCAUGCCGAGGUUCUUUGCAUCCGAAGCACAGAUUGUUCAAAUAGCACAUUCUACAUCACAUGCGAGCCUUGCAUUAUGUGUAUGGGAAUAAUAUCAAGGCUAAGCAAUGUAAAAGUAUACUAUGGAUGCAAAAACGAGGUGUUUGGCAGCAAAACUAUAUGUGGCGUCGGAGAAAAUACCACUUAUAUCCCAGACGAGCGCUGCUUCAGGAUUCUGCAGAAUUUCUAUGCACGAGAAAACAUAUUUGCCCCAGAAGAAAAGAGAAAAGCAAAAUAG